GAGGCUGGGGGUGGUUGUUGGUUUGGCGCAUGAAGAGUCAAGACUGAAGUUGAAUUCAUCACCAGCUUUGUGAUCCUGUCUUCUUCCAGCCUGCCCCAGUUUCAAAAUGGCCAGCAAUUAUUGCUCAAGUACUGAAACCACAAAUUUUGCGAGACUGUCUCGACUUAUUGUUGAUGUCUGUUGUGAUGUUCUAAGGGCUGUGCUGAAAGCAAAAAUACCUCCUCCUGGACUUAAUGCCAUUCUCCAGAGUCAAAGGGUCCAUCUUACUAGAAGUCUCGAAUACCGCCAACAGCAGCUCCUGUUCCCACCAGGUGGAGUGUUUAACGGUACCCUGGAGGAUUUAGACUUCUCCCUUAUAUACAGACUAAUCCGUAACCUCCAGGGUAUCAACAUUCCACCUCAUACAAAGGGUUGGGGCAAGUCACCAUACAAGACAGACCGGUCCCUAGCAGCUAAUAUUGACCGGUUGAGAAUCCUACGGAAUGAAGCUCAUGGACACCUCCCGACAGCAUCACUUUCUGAUACAGACUUACAGGAUAAGUGGGACUUUAUCCGCCAGAUUAUCUUUGAGAUAGAACAAGGUGCUCUGACAGGAAAUACAUACGUGACAGCAGUGGACAACCUGUUGACCGUGACCAUGGACCCUGAUACAGAGGAUGAGUAUAUAGAGAAACUGAGGAAACAAGACGAUUUUGAGGCCGUUGUUGAGGACAUUAAAGCCAAACAGGGAACCAUGGCAACAAACGUCAGUGAUGUCAAUGCAAGGAAAGAAACUAUGGUAACCGGACAGGAAACCAUGACAAAGGACAUCAGUAAUGAUACAGCCAGGCUAGAAACCAUAGCGACAGAUAUCAUUGAUGUCCCCACCAGGCUAGAAACCAUAGCGACCAGACAGGAAACCAUGACAAUGGACAUCAGUAAUGAUACAGCCAGGCAGGAAACCAUAGUGACAGAUAUCAUUGAUGUCCCCAGCAGGCUAGAAACCAUAGCGACCAGACAGGAAUCCGUGGCAAAUGAUUUACAAAUCAUACAAGUGGUUAAUACCUGUGAGAUUAACCAGGUGUUGAAGAAUUCCACAAGUGUUCAUUUGACUAUUAAACCAAAAAAUCUGGUUCUUGGCGAAGGAGGCAGAAUUAUUGAUGAUGGAGCUAAACAGGAAACCAUGGCAACCUUGCAUGACGCCAUGGAAGCCGUGCAAGAAGUCGCAGAAGUUGUGAAAUAUAUGGCAGAUGGACAGGAAACUUUCAGAGCAAGACAGGAUACCAUGUCAGGCAGACAGGAAACCAUGGCAAACGAUUUACAUAUCCUACAAGGGGCAGUCAGUGAUGUCACAGCCCGACAUAACACGACGGCAAGAUAUGUUGAUGACAUAAAAGAGGAAAUGAACAAUGCCAAAGGAAGACAAGAAACGUUGACAACCGAUAUGGGUAACAUGAAGGCGGAAGUCAUUGACAUGAAGGGCAGGCAAGACACCCUAUCAAAAGAUGUGGAUACCUUAAAGGAAAGGAAUUCUAAGCUGACGGCCAUGAUUGAAAGGGAUCCUAAGUUGGCAGCCAUGAUUGAAACAACAAGAGCUAAGAUAGAGGGAGAUCGACUAAAUUACGAGUUUAUUGCCACCAAAAGUUUCCAUGAAGCUCAGAAAAAACUGAAGAACAGGAUGGUUAUAAUCAAGGGAAACACAGGAGAUGGGAAGUCGUCUAUUGCCAUGGAAAUUCUCCGUUUCCUGUGCUGUGAUGAGGAGGGCCAACAGAAACGAUGUCUACAGCCACUGGAACUACACGACAUCAAGGACAUGAAUUUGGUGGCACCAAAGUCUGGAUUAGUUAUCUAUUUCGAUGAUAUUUUUGGCAAGAAUGUUGUGUGUAAAGGAGAUGUAGAUGAAUGGGAGAAAAGAGAAGAAUGUAUUCUUUCAAAAUUCUGUGAAAGUGAGAACUCUGAGGGCAAUAUCCUUGUCAUGACCAUCCGUAGUGAAAUUUUAAAUUCUUUAGGUAGUUCUUUUUCGAAAAAAAUAUUCACUGAAGAGAACAUUGUUGAUCUCAGUGAAUACAAAGAUGAAGAAGAAAAACGGAAAUUAUUAAGGUUGUAUGAACCAAAAGAUAAAUUUGAUAAAUGGACAGAUGUUGAAGAGAAAGAGAUCUUCAAGUCAUGUCCUGACAUUGGGUUUCCCCAAUGUUGUAGAUUAUUCAGGGACACACCUACUUUGCAAGCAGAAAAGGUCAACUUCUUUAGAAGACCUUUUCAUUUUGUGAAAUCUUGUUUAGAUAAAUUAAAGGAUGGAAAAUUUUAUGGGCUGCUGUAUCUGUUCCUCAAUGGAGGCAAAGUGAUAGAAAAUGAUUUAGACCCUUCUAACGAAAAUGUUGAUAAAACAUUGUUAGAAGCAGCAUUUGCUGUUGAUGUAGUCAAAGUUGAUCCAACAAAUGAACUUGUUUACAACAAGGGGAGGAAAGCUGAAUUUGUGAAGGAGUCGUUAGAAAGUCUGUUGGGUUCUCUGGUGAAAAAAGAGUCCACCCUAAAACAAGGCAGAUUGUAUCCUUGUUACAAAUUCAGUCACGACUCCAUUGAGGAAACAGUGGCACUUCUGUAUGGAGAGAAAACUCCCAUUGGCUACAUACAGAAUUGUCCCCGCAAGUUACUCAGUUAUAUAACUACAAAAAAAACCACCCCAAACAGGAUAGUUAUAUCAUUUGAUGAUCAAACCAAUGCCAUGUGUAAACGUAUCGUCAAAGAAUUUAAAUCUCUUGAUCCUAGAAGUUACUGGUAUUCUAGUGAGUGGGAAUAUUUAGUUACAUUAGAUGUAUGGACAGAUUGCCAGUUUCUACGGGGAUUUUUCAGAUACCUAAGUGAUCAGAAUGUUGACAACCGUUUGUGCCACAAGAUAAAACAUGACUUGUUUAAUCGAGCAUGCUCUACUGGUUCAGAUGAAUGUGCUUUGUUUCUCCUGUCUAAAGGUGUUAAACCUGACAAGGAGACACCAUUUCGUGUGGUGAAGGGUGGGAGUGUACAACUACUGACUGAAAUACUUAAGUGUAAAGUCAUUCCUACAGCGAGGGCAGACUGGUCACGAUCAUCAAAUAUACAUUAUAAUAGAAAUAUCAAUGUCCUACACGAGGCGUGUUUGUUUGAGAGAGAAGAGAUGGUGACAAUGUUGUGUGACACUUACCCAGACUUGGUACAUGAGACUGAUAACUAUAGACAUAGCACGCUCCAUUUUGUGGCACGGACAGGAAAUUGUGGUCUAUUUCAGACAGUGGAGACAUUGAUACUUAAAUCAUUGUGUAGAGUUGAGGAUGUACAACAUAAGUGUGAGAUAGAAGAUGGUCGUGUUGUACAUAGGAGUUGUGUGUGUGGUCAGUACAUGUCACGGUUAGUGGACGUGUUUGGGUAUACAAUAUUACAUCAUAGUUGUAUGAUGGGACACAGGGAGCUUAGUUUAUACCUGUGUCAGUGUUACCCAGCACUAACUACAGCUGUAGAUAAGCACGGGUUGACAAUAUUACAUUAUAGUUGUAAUGAGGGACACAGGGAGCUUAGUGUAGAGCUGUGUAGGUUAUACCCAGCACUAACUACAGCUGUAGAUAACAACGGGUAUAACUGUCUACAUCACAUAGCCAGGAUGACAUCAGAUGUAGACAUGUUCACAGAGUGUGAACGUCACGUAAAACAGUACGUAGAGAAAACAGGAGGUAAGUAUGACAUCACGACCUUACUUACUAAUGACGGGAAAUCUGUUUUAGACCUGGCAAAGGAAUGGACAGAGUGGAGGAAGUUAGAUAACAACCCUUUGUAUGACCAUCUUGUUCAAUUGUUUGCUAAAUAAAAUUUAAUAUUCCCACUAAUUUCUGUUUACUAAAUUGUAUAAAAUGAUGUAGAACCAAACAAAGAGAAAUUUUAGGAAAAGUUUUUAUCCUCGUCGCUGUUAAAAAACAGCGUCACACUUUAGAAAAUAGUGUCACCGUGACAGUUAAACAAUGUCAGUUAGAAUUAUAAUUGGAUGAACACUUGAAAUGGUGAACAAAAGCAAAGUGUUCUAAAGAAAAUAUAAACAUAUUAUAUAGUUGUGAUGAUAUGUGUUGGUAUUGUCAAGGAAUUGUCAGGUUGUAACUCGUACACAGAAUGUAUGAAUGUUGUCAGAAUGAAUCUGUUCACAAAGGUCGGCAGUCAUAGAAGUUUUCAUCGUCAUCGUUUACUAAAUAAAGUACUAAAUAUUCACACUUCUGUACAUUGACUUGUGUGGCAUGAUGUAGAGCCAAACAGAGA